AAAUCGCUCUUUCUUCUAGCUCGAUCGAACAAGUAUUGAUUAUUCUCUCCUCCAUCUCCAAAAUCAAUUGAGACUGUCAAUCGGAAAUGCAUUCUAAUCAUCUACUUCUCGAAGAACCUAUUAGGAUGGCUUCAAUUCUCGAGCCACCAAAGCCUAGUGUCUUUCCGGCACUGACGAAAAUAGUUGGGACUCUUGGACAUAAAUCACGAUCUGUUGAUAUCAUAACUAGUUGCUUGCAGGCUGGAAUGUCUGUUGCUCGAUUUGAUUUUUCAUGGGGUGAUAAUGAAUUUCACCAGGAGACAUUAGAAUAUCUGAGGACAGCUGUCAAGCGAUCAAAAAAGCUCUGUGCUGUUAUGUUAGAUACAGUGGGUCCAGAGUUGCAAGUUGUCAACAAAACUGAACAGCCCAUAUCCCUUCAGGAAGAUUCAUUGGUUGUACUAACACCUGAUCAAGAGAAAGUGGCCACUUCUAAUCUACUUCCCAUCAAUUUCAGUGGAUUGUCAAAGGCUGUGAAGAUGGGAGAUACUAUUUUUAUUGGACAAUACUUAUUUACUGGAAAUGAGACAACUUCUGUCUGGCUCGAGGUAACGGAAAUUGAUGGUGAAGAUGUGGUCUGCCUGAUAAAGAAUUCUGCUACCUUGUCUGGUCUACUGUAUACUUUACACGUGUCCCAAAUUCGCAUAGAACUUCCCACUUUAACUAGCAAGGAUAAGGAGAUUAUCAGCACUUGGGGUGUUAAAAACCGUAUUGACUUUUUGUCACUGUCUUAUACUCGCCGUGCUGAGGAUAUUCACCAAGCACGAAAGUUUCUUUCCCAAUUUAGCGAACUGAGUCAGACUCAAAUUUUUGCAAAGAUUGAGAAUACAGAGGGUUUGACUCAUUUUGAUGAGAUCCUACAAGUGGCAGAUGGUAUUAUACUCUCUCGUGGAAAUCUAGGCAUUGAUCUUCCACCAGAAAAGGGUUUCUUAUUUCAAAAGACGGCAGUUUACAAGUGUAACAUGGCUGGGAAACCAGUAGUGGUGACACGUGUUGUGGACAGCAUGGCCGACAACUUAAGACCAACUAGAGCAGAAGCAACUGAUGUCGCCAAUGCUGUAUUGGAUGGUUGCGACGCAAUUAUACUUGGAGCAGAGACUGUACGAGGAUUAUACCCGGUAGAGACCAUUUCAACUGUUGGAAAAAUUUGUGGGGAGGCAGAGAAGGUUUUCAACCAAGAUCUUUACUUUAAGAAGACUGUCAAAUAUGUUGGAGAGCCAAUGAGUCAUCUAGAAUCCAUUGCUUCAACAGCGGUACGUGCAGCAAUCAAAGUUAAGGCAUCUGUGAUAAUUUGUUUCACUUCAUCAGGAAGAUCUGCAAGAUUAAUAGCAAAAUACAGGCCAAUCAUGCCUGUGCUAUCUGUUGUAAUACCUCGACUACAGUCAAAUCAACUUCAAUGGACAUUCACUGGUGCUUCCGAGGCUAGGCAAUCGCUGAUAGUGAGAGGUGUUUUCCCGUUUCUGGCUGAUCCACGACAUGCUGCUGAGACAAGUGAAUCGAAAAAGAGUAGUUCAAAUGAGUCAAUAAUAAAGGUUGCUCUCGAUCAUGGAAAGGCAUUGGGACUUAUAAAAUCACAUGACAGGGUUGUUGUUUGUCAAAAAGUUGGAGACGCAUCUCUCGUCAAGAUCAUCGAAUUAGAAAACUAGUUGUUGUA